UUAACCCGCCAUCGGGCAAGCAGGGCUCACAUCCUUCAUAUAGUCGUCAGUUAGCCAAGUGGGUUCUUCAGUAACUAGGCUGUCGGCAUGGUGACAAGCGCUCACGUGACAUGACACGAUGAAGAGGUGGUGAGCGGACGGCAGUCACAUCUACAGCGGGCCCGAAAUCACCUUUGGACGGUGGGAAGCGCUGCAGCUUUCUUCGCUAAAAGGCCAGGGAGAUUCACUCAAACUGAAACAAGUAUGACUUGGGAAAUGGCCGUAUUUAUUUUCUACCUGAUUCUGGUGCGGACGCUGACUGCGUCGCAGAGCACGCAGGACCUCGGCCCAAUCGAGACCAUCUCUACGGGUCGUAUCAUGGGCAAGCGGAUGUCAGUCUUAGGCAAGACCGUGCAUGCUUUCCUGGGGAUACCGUACGCCGAGGCGCCCGCGGGGGAGCUGCGGUUCAGAAACCCCGUACCCCGGGUGCCCUGGCAGGACACUUUCAACGCCUCCUACUACGGCUUCGGGUGCUUUCAGGCACCCGAUGAAAACUUCCCCGGGUUCGAAGGCUCGGAGAUGUGGAACCCGAACGUGGAGCUGAACGAGGACUGCCUGAAUCUCAACGUCUGGGUGCCCUACCCUCGUCCCGUGAACUCUCCAGUGUUGGUCUGGAUUUACGGUGGGGGUUUCUUCGCCGGUGUGUCGUCCCUGGAUGUGUAUGAUGGAAAGACGCUAGCGGCAGUAGAGGGCUUGGUGGUGGUAUCAAUGAAUUUCCGGCUUGCCGCGUUGGGUUUUCUAGCCAUGGACGAUCCCUCCGCCCCGGGGAAUCAAGCUCUUCGUGACCAGGCCCUCGCUCUUCAGUGGGUGCAGGAUAACAUCCACGUAUUUGGAGGGGAUCCGGAUCAAGUCACGAUAUUUGGAGAGAGUUCGGGAGCCGCUAGUAUCGCGUUCCACAUGAUCUCACCGGUAAGCAAGCACCUGUUCCAACGGGUGGGAUUGCAGAGUGCAUCGGCCGUAGCUCCGUGGGCGUACUACACAAUGGAGGAAGGCAGGAGACGAGGGCUUACGCUGGCUGAGAAACUUAACUGCUUGGAUGAUCAGAGUGGUGAAGCACUGACCACACCCCAGAUAGUGGACUGCAUGAGGACCAGGGAAGUAGUGGACAUUCUCAGAUGGCAGUGGGUCACCCUUGACUUCGCUGAUUUCCCGUUCGUUCCCGUGGUGGACGGUACCUUCGUACCGGAGCGCCCUCAGUCGGCGAUGGAGAGGCGAGCUUUCAAGAACUGCGAAGUAAUCGUAGGCAGCAACAAAAACGAAGGCAUAUUUUUCAUGGUGUACGAAGUACCCGGUAUCUCAAAGUUCUCCCAAAGCCAUCUGAAUCGAGAACAGUACAUGGACGCCGUCGAAUACUGCUUCCGAAAAGCGAACACGUUUGGAAUCAAUGCCAUAGACUUUGAGUACACCCCUUGGUUGAGUCCGGACGACCCCGUGGCGUUGCGGGACGCCGUGGAGCAAGCCGUGGGGGACCAUAUCUUCGGUUGCCCUGCCUACGAACUGGCCAUGGCCGCUGCCUCGGCCCAGAACCCCGUGUAUUACUACCGGUUCACGGACCGGGCUUCAAACAAUCCCUGGCCCGAGUGGAUGGGGGUGCUGCACGGAGAUGAGAUCAUGUACAUCUUCGGUAUUCCCCUCCACCCAGAGUUCGGUUACAACAGCGCUGAGGCCGAGCUCAGUCGGAAAAUGAUGAAUUACUGGGCCAACUUUGCAAGAACGGGAAAUCCAAAUAAGGCGAAAGAGGACGACCCGGAAGGAGACUGGCCGCUCUACACCGUCGAGCGCCAGGAAUUCUUCACGCUGAACAAGAGCAUCGUCAGCGGUGACGUCUUCAUCGGGCGUGGUCCACGGGCCAAGCAGUGUGCUUUCUGGAGGGACUACCUACCAACUCUCGUCACACAAACAGGUGACAUCAGCGAAGCAGAAAGAAAAUGGAAGCAGCAAUUCAACGACUGGAGCACGAAGUAUAUGGUGAACUGGAAGGCCGAGUUUGACAGCUACAUCAAUGGGAGACAGUGCGAUGACCGCAAUCACUGAAUAAAGGCGGUGGUGGGGAAAUCCAACCAAUCAACGGUCGAGUCUGUGUCGUAAUCGAGCCAAUCACAAGUCAGAUCGCAAGCCAGGUCACGAGUAUACGCACAACAGGGGACAAGCACCGACAAAGGAGUGACUUUGUUACAGUUCGUAACUUUAUUUGAUAAUAGAUGGCUUGUAAUUGGUUUAUGAUGACUUAUGACGACUUGUGAUUGACUUAUGAUGACUCAGUGUGUGGACUUGUGGUGACUUGUGAUUGACUUGCGAUGAUCUGUGAUAACUCAAUUAUCACUUUGGUUGACACAAGAAUUCGCAUGAAACCGAAACGACUUACAUGUAUCAGGUUCUCCGGGCCUCCAUAUUGAAACCUGGCUGAAAAAAGUGAACAAUGUAUUAAUUAAUUAUUGUAUCACCUCGAUAACUUUAAAAUGGCGGAUCCCGUAUUCUUUCAAGUGUAACACGGAAAUUACAACUAGCAUCUUUAACACUCGCUUACUCCUCAAAACUCCAUGACGAAAUUUCACAAUAAACCUACUCCAAUAAUGUAAUGCAACGAGAGAAUGAGCACACAAAAUUGGUGCGGUUUACCAUGUCAAGUCAACAUCUGAUAUAAUCAUAAUGUCCACAUUAAAUAACGUAU